AUGGUCAAUACUUGUGUUGUAUGGGGUUGUAACAAUCGUGCAGUGAAAGGUGAUAUAAAACGACAGUAUUAUGACAUACCCAAAGUAAUUACUCACCAGGGAAACCAGACCGAGGAACUUUCGAGAGAAAGGAGAAUGUUAUGGUUGGCCCGCAUAAAUCGUGCUGACUUUGAUCCAGAUCCCACCAAAAGACACUUUAAAGUGUGUUCCGACCAUUUCAUAACCGUAUUCCUCUUUUUUUCGGGAAAAAAGGCAGAGUUGUACGACAAAAACAAUCCUGACUGGGCAUCCUCUCUUAAGCUUGGUCCCAUGGAACAAGACCCAGCAACUACUCUAUCAACGUGCAAGAGAUACGAACGAGCACAAACCAGACAGAGAAAACAGGUCACUAUGAAGGCAGCAAAAGAAUUGGACUUCCAACCUGAAAGUCAAUAUGAGCAAAGUGAAUGUGAUGGCCAAAAAUGCAACUUUUAUUUACUUGCACAAUUAGAUAUGGGACAGAGUGAACAAACAGAAGAAGAACCUGAUACUGUCCAAAAUCUUCGAGAGGAAUAUCAAAGACUUAUAACUGAAAAUGUGACACGUAAGGAUAAAUUGAAAGCAACAACCUUCACUCCAGAAUCCCUCGAGAAAGAUGAAGAGAAAACAAAACAUUACACUGGGUUAAAAUUCAAAACACUGAUGGCAAUUUUCAAUUUUUCAAAAAUGAGACUGAAAAUAAUGAUCUUGGGGGAGGGAAAUGACAAAAGGUUAACAAUUAAUUGUCAUUGGUCUGCGUUUACGGAAGACGAUGUCCUUGUUUUUAAGUCUUCAAAACACCGCCAGGAAUUUUACGAAGGCUGUUAA